AUGAGCACAAGCUCCAAUUCUUCUGAAAUUGAAGUUAUUGAUGAUUUCUACAAAUCCUACCCGAUAACCUGUGAUUUAUCAUAUAAUCCAUUUUUCGAAAUAUUCAAAUAUAUAAUUCAGGUGGGUUAUUUGUUCAUUGGAGCAUGUUUGAUCAUUUAUAUGUUAUAUAUUAUGUUAUUCAAAUAUCGAUCGAUUUAUUUAUCUAAUAAUUAUUUUCGUAUUUUUAUUUUUGAUUUGAUUACGGUAAGGAGGAGGGGGAGGGGUUGAACCGCGACGCGGACACGCGACGCGCGGUUGCUUAUGUUAAUUUUAAAGUGUACUAUGACGUACGAAGAUUAUGUAUUGAGAAUAUAGUUGAUUUUCUGUUGAACCGCUACGCAAGCACGCGUUGCAGCAUUGCUCAGGGUCCCUAACCUAUCCCAUUUUUCCAGACCCUCAUCCGAAUCAUCUUCGAUAUUUUCUUCGGUCGAGUUAUCCUAUAUAUCUCCCCACUUUGCCCAAUUCUAGCACCAUUUUUCUCCGAUUACUCAUUCAUCCUAAAAUCCCACAAAGUCAUCGAAAACUACGUGGCAGCUUCGAAAUCCGUCUGCCAAGUUAUUCUAACUCUAAACCGGAUGACUUGCACAAUGUUCCCAAUAAGUCAUAAAAUGAUUUGGGAUAAAUAUAUAACCUUAGCAAUGCUUCUCAAUUUUCUCCUACCAUUUGGCGUUGUUUGGAGUCUGAUGUUGAGUCGGGUUUAUGGGGGAGCAAUACUUGGCGGAUUUUACACCGGUUAUAUUCGAGCUAUCGAUUGGGCGAGUUUAUCGCGACUUCAAUCGAUAUGCGUCACAAUUUCGAUCAUCCUAACUCUCAUAUUUUCAACACUAACUAUCUGGAGUCUGAAAAACCUAAGUGACCGUGUCAAACACGUCGAGAAAAUGCUAUGUUAUGUGACAUUUUGGCUGACUGGAGUGUUCGUUUUCAUCUCUUCGAUUUGGUAUUUUUGGGCACUAUGUGCUAAAUGCACCGUUCCUUGGAUCUUCCAAUGGCAAUUUGUUAGCUAUGAUAUAAUGAUGUUGGGAACUCCAAUCAUUAUGCUUAUUAUAAAUCGGCAAUUGAGGGCUCAGAUGUUUCCGAGGCUCUCUGAUGAUUCUAGAGUUACACCAGUUACUACAGUUGUUUUACACUAG